AUGUUGCAAGUCUCCGAGACAGUGUCCCAGGCCCCAGCAGUACAAACCUCCCUCGUGGAGGUGACUGACUUGCUUUCAUCCUCUAACAAACUUCCAUGUCGGGUGUUUUUCAAGAAUGAAAUUGAGCAGCCAUCAGGCUCAUUCAAGUUGAGAGGAAUUGGUCACUUGAUUCACCAGUCUAUUCGCAAAGCCAGAAAUGGGCCCAACAGCCACAAGCCAAUUCAUGUUUUUGCAUCCAGUGGAGGCAAUGCCGGGCUUGCUGCCGCCUACUCCGCAAAGUUUUACAAUGUCAAGUGCACUGUUGUUGUUCCUACCAUUGCUAUGAAGCUGGUUGUGGAGAAGCUUCGGCAGUAUGGUGCAACUGUGCUUUUGCACGGCAAUUCCAUCAGCGACGCUGACAAGUUUGCCAGAAGCCUUAUGGCCGACGCUGAAACCGAAUUCAAUUGCAUUUACUGUCACCCCUUUGACAACCCAUUGAUUUGGCAGGGUCACUCGUUGCUCGUUGAUGAAAUGUUCCAGAACCAAUUAUCCCGCGAGGAUGCCAAAAAGGUGAGAGGAGUUGUCUGCUCAGUGGGUGGAGGCGGCCUCUUCAAUGGUAUUAAACAGGGGCUCAUGAGAAACAAGAGCAAGGCCGACUGUGUCUUGGUGGAGACGGCGCAGGCGCCUACUCUUUCCAGCGCUGUCAAGGCAGGAUCAGUGGUGACCUUGAACUGCGUCAGAUCACUCGCUACAUCUUUGGCCUGUUCAUAUGUUUCUGGUCCCACAUUAGACUUGUUCAACGACCAGUCCACGAACAGGAACCACAUCACCGCCAUUGACGAUCUCGAGGCUGUCAAGGGCUGCAUUGCAUACCAAAAAGACUUUGGCAAGAUGGUAGAGCCUGCUUGUGGCGCUGCCGUUUCUGUCGUUUACAACCAACUCAAAUACCUCAAGGAGAGUGUGGGCAACUUGACUAAGGACGACAUUGUCAUUGUCGUUGUCUGUGGAGGCUCCUGUGCCAAUGAGGCGGUGUUGGACCGCUACAAGAGCAUGCUUCGCCUGGAAGCUCAUUUGUAA